GAGUGAAGCCAAGUUUGUUGUCAGUUUAGUGCGGUGCAGAAGCAGGAUGGCUGAAGUCGAGGAAACCCUGAAGAGGAUUCAGUCUCACAAAGGCGUGAUUGGAACCAUCGUGGUCAAUUCAGAAGGGAUCCCUAUAAGGACUACUAUGGACAACUCUACCACAGUGCAGUAUGCUGGCCUCCUUCACCAGUUGUCAAUGAAAGCCAGAAGCACUGUUCGGGAUAUCGAUCCACAAAACGAUCUGACGUUUCUCAGAAUCCGGUCAAAGAAGCAUGAGAUAAUGGUUGCCCCAGACAAAGAGUAUCUACUUAUUGUCAUCCAGAACCCAUCGGAAUAGAAUGCCACUUCAGCGAAUGAAUUAUAAUUUUCUGUAAAAUGCAGCGAAUAUGAUCUUAAGUCAUUUCUACCUGUAAAGCGGCUUUUUCUGUGUAUAACUUAUUACAAGUAUAACUAUGUAAACAGAAAUCCUUUCAACCGUGCAUAGCAAAUAUAAUUAA